UUCUAACUCCUCCCCUUGCCCCAGAUGGAGAAACUGAGGCCCAAGUGGGGCAGGGGAGCCGGGGCCUGUUGUUCAAGGACCUGACCCCAGCCUAUCACUCUCACUCCUCUCUGCCCGGCUGGAUCGGGUUAGGGGAGGGAGACCUGGACUCGGAUCCACCGGGAGGGGGGCGGGCCCUCCACCCGCGGUGAUGUGGGGGCGGGCGGCAGGGAACCAGACACCGACGAUGAAUAAAUGAUGCCCACUCGCGGCCUGCGACCAGAUCGUCACCGCAAGCGCCGGCUGCCUGGCGGGGCAGUCACCGGGCCAACCGCGCCCGGCCCCCCGCGUCGCUGGCUCCCCCCACCUGCGGCCUCGCCCGCCCCGGAGCCGCGGGGCGCGAAGAUGGCCGGGCAGCGGCGAGGCGCGGGGCCCCUGUGGGCGCUGGGCGGCGUCGCGCUGGGGGUCUGCCUCGCGGGGGUCGCCGGGCAGCUGGUGGAGCCCAGCACGGCUCCGCCCAAGCCCAAGCCACCCCCAUUGACCAAGGAGACGGUGGUGUUCUGGGACAUGCGCCUCUGGCACGUGGUGGGCAUCUUCUCGCUCUUCGUGUUGUCCAUCAUUAUCACUCUGUGCUGUGUCUUCAACUGCCGCGUGCCACGGACCCGGAAGGAGAUCGAAGCCCGGUACCUGCAGCGAAAGGCAGCCAAGAUGUACACGGACAAACUGGAGACUGUGCCGCCCCUCAACGAGCUCACAGAAAUCCCCGGAGAGGAUAAGAAGAAGAAGAAGAAGGACAGUGUGGACACAGUGGCCAUCAAGGUAGAGGAGGAUGAAAAGAAUGAGGCCAAGAAGAAGAAAGGAGAAAAAUGAGAAGGGCUUCCUGGAGGUGGCAACUGGGGCUGGAUAGCCCUGGGGCUCAAGUCCAGGCCAGGGUCCAGGCAUCUCGGACUCCAAGCUCACACAUGGACCACAGAGGUUGCAGAACACCCUCUUCUCAGCUCCGACAGGGUGGCUGAGGCCCCAUCGUUACGGCCCGUCAGGGGCAGAGACAGGACUGCUUCAGGUGUCCUGCCUCCCGGCAUGGACUCAGCUCCUGUCGCCUCACCCAUGUGGCUGUUCAGCCAACAUGGUCUCUGGCCACUGUUGCCCUGCAGAUCCAGAUUACACCCACCCGGACGUGCCUCUGUCCCUUCUGUCAGGAACAACAGUGGCUCUACAGGGUUGACAGGAAGCAGUUUCCUCUCUCAGAAGGGGAUGGCCAAACUGGAUGGGCUGCAGUGUGAGGCCAUGCCCAGAACAGCCACAAGGAGGCAGAGGGUGUCUGGGGGAAGCUUCAGCUCUCAGACCUGGCUAGACAGCAGCCCUGGUGGCCAGAAAACUGUUCUAGGCCCUGUGGGGGUGCUGGCCAGGAUGGUGAACAGAGAGGCCCAGAGGCAGGGGCUCCAGCCCAGCAGAUACCCUGUGCCGAGCAACUGCAAUGGAGUGGAGGCUGCUGGGGGCCUGAGUGGAAGGCCUGGGGGCUCAGGGCUGGGAGCUGCAGGGCUGGGUCAGGGGUGCAGAAGGCUGAGACCAGCAGGCCAAAGGGAGAGGGGAAGAAAGCUGGUACUUGGGCCCCAUCUUGGGGAUCCAGGGAAUCAAGAAGCCCAAGGGAGGCUUGGGCCGUGCUGGCGGUCCCUGCUCUGUGGUGGCGGUGGGGAGGGGGUGUCAGGGCCCUAGGGAUCAUCGCAGAGGGCAGUUAGGGGCUGGCCACCCCCCCCCCCGCUUGUGAAACAGAACAGCACACAGCUUCCUCCUCUACCAUCUCAGCUCUCAUGCCUCAAAACAUCACCGCUGUCCUGAAGGGGAAGGCCCAGACACCAUCUAGAGACUGAAUCUUUGGAGACGGGACACUCAGAGGGGUUUCCAGAUGGCAGCGAACCUCUGCUGAGGCGCUCAGGUCUGAGCCUGGAAACCAGAGGCUCCUGAGCUGGGGAAGCUGCUGGAAAAUCUCUCGCUGCCUCGGCAGCCUGCAGACACUUGUAAAUAAAGCUGAGUGCCUUCUCGUA